UUGGAAAGUUGGGCUGUGACGCCUCUCAUACUGAUGACAUCACUCAGUCAUUCACACACAGUCGGACUGCUCAUCUUUAGCAUUUAUGUCGGAGAGACUGAGCCUGGUUCCUGAUCAACCAUGGCGAAACAUGAUGCCAGAAAUUGGCAUGACUGCACAAAAAUGAUGGGACUGCUCUGCUUGGUCGCAUCGAUACUUACAGAACAAGCAACUGGUUGGCAAGUUGAGGUGGAGCCAGUAGUGGAGUCGUAUCCUGGCCAGACAGUGAACCUACGCUGUUCAAUCACUGAUGCCACUGGGAUUCAACUCACAAUGGUCACAUGGCUCUACGAGCCGAAGGAAGGGGAAAGGAUCAACAUCGCUGUGUUUCAUCCCAAAUUUGAUCCCAACUACCCCGACUCACCUGUGAAGGGCAGGGUCAGCUUCUCACCCAGGCCCCCAAACCUGGACAGCCCUUCCAUCCAGAUUAGUGAUGUUAGGAUGACUGAUGAGGGGAAGUACAUCUGUGAAUAUGCAACCUACCCAAUUGGCAACGAUCAGGGUGUCACCUAUUUGGUCAUGCUGGCUAAGCCUCAGAACUCGGCCUCCAUCGUAACAGUGGACGCAGGCACUAAGCCAGUCGUUGUGGCGCGCUGUGAGUCUGUAGAUGGCCGUCCCGCUGCCCAGAUCUCCUGGGUGACCACAGCCAAUGGCAAUGGGACAACAAUGUCUAAGCCGGGCGUCGACAACACAGUGACAGUGACCAGCGAGUACCGCAUGGUUCCCACAGCAGCAGAUAACGGGAAAGACAUCAGCUGUGUGGUGGCACACAGGACUCAGACCAAACCAGAGAGCUUCCCAUUGAAGCUAGCAGUUCAAUACGCCCCUCAGGUGACAAUUGUGGGUUAUGACAAUAAUUGGUACGUGGGUCGUACAAAUGUGGUGCUCACCUGCCAAGCAACCGGAAACCCCGUACCGCUCUCAGUCCAGUGGAAGACUAUGUCAGGAGAGAUGCCAGACACAGUGCAGAUCAGAAACAACGAGCUGAAGGUGCUGAAGGUGGACGAGGCUGUCAACACCACUUUUGUCUGCGAGGUCAAGAACCGCAUCGGGACCAGCAGGGAUCAGGUCACAGUCUUCGUCAGAGCAAAAUGUCAGCAAGUGGAGGUGGAGCCAGUGGUGUUGUCAUAUCCCGGCCAGACAGUGAACCUACGCUGUUCCUUCAAUGAUGCCACUGGGAUUCAUCUCACACAGGUUAUGUGGACCUACGAGUCGAAGGAAGGGGAAAGGAUCUACAUCGCUAUGUUUCACCCAAAUUUUGAUCCCAACUACCCUGACUCACCUGUGAAGGGCAGGGUCAACUUCACACCCAGUCCCCCAAACCUGGACAGCCCUUCCAUCCAGAUUAGUGAUGUUAGGAUGACUGAUGAGGGGAAGUACAUCUGUGAAUAUGCUACCUUUCCAGCUGGCAUCAAGCAGGGUGUCACCUCUCUGGUCAUGCUGGCAACUGGUCAGCAAGUUAAGGUGGAGCCACUGGUGGAGUCGUAUCCCGGCCAGACAGUCAACCUACGCUGUGCCUUCACUGAUGCCACUGGGAUUCAUCUCACACAGGUCGUGUGGAUCUAUGAGCCAAAGGAAGGAAAAAGGAUCAACAUCGCGAUGUUUCACCCCAAGUUUGAGCCCAUCUACCCCGACUCACCUGUGAAGGGCAGGGUCAACUUCUCACCGAGCCCACCAAACCUGGCUAGCCCUUCCAUUCAGAUUAGUGAUGUUAAGAUGACUGAUGAGGGGAAGUACAUCUGUGAAUUUGCUACCUACCCAGUUGGCAAUGAGCAGGGUGUCACCUCUCUGGUCAUGCUGGAAAGGGCAUUGAAAUAAUGAACAUACUGUGUCCCUAUCAUCAUUGGGUUGGUUACCCCUGGUAUCUGCUCAUAUGCAUAUAUUCAUGACGAAAACAAUUAUAUUUCUUGAGCUGUAAUUAACAGUUUUUUGUGUCAUGGAAAUUAUGUUUUUCCUUAAGCAGAAAUGAACUAAUAAAUGAUGAUACAACAAACA